AUUUUGGAUCAGAAUCACUGGAUAGGCAAAACGUUGUAUAUGUUGUAACAAAACGACUCUUUGCAUGUUUCAGAAAAAUAUUGUAUCUUACAAUUUAGAAAUAUUAAGAAAUAACAGAGUAUGGCAGAGUAUUUGGCAUCAAUUUUCGGUACAGAGAAAGACAAAGUAAAUUGUUCGUUUUAUUUUAAAAUCGGUGCCUGCCGACAUGGAGACAGAUGCUCACGAAUUCAUAACAAGCCAACUUUUAGUCAGACAUGUUUGUUGCAAAACCUUUACGUAAACCCUCAAAAUUCAGCAAAAAGUGCAGAUGGAUCUCAUUUGGUUGCAAAUGUUUCUGAUGAAGAAAUGCAAGAACAUUAUGAUAACUUUUUUGAGGAUGUUUUUGUUGAGUGUGAAGACAAGUACGGUGAAAUAGAAGAAAUGAAUGUGUGUGAUAAUCUUGGAGAUCACUUAGUUGGGAAUGUUUACAUUAAAUUUCGACGAGAAGAAGAUGCAGAAAGAGCUGUGAAUGAUUUGAAUAACAGAUGGUUUGGUGGGAGACCAGUUUACGCCGAACUUUCUCCAGUUACUGAUUUCAGAGAAGCUUGCUGUCGUCAGUAUGAAAUGGGAGAAUGCACACGUUCAGGAUUUUGUAAUUUUAUGCAUUUGAAGCCUAUUUCACGAGAAUUACGACGUUAUUUAUAUAGUCGAAAAAAGGGUAAAGGGCGAUCAAGAUCACGUUCGCGAUCACGCGGUCGUGAUCGUAAACGAAGAUCACGAUCUCGUGAUAGAAGAUCCAGAUCCAAAGACCGUCGAAAAGGUAGAGAUGACAAAGGUAGAGAUGGACGAUCUGGAAGGUAUUAAUUAUGUUAUUUUUCAAUUGUAAUAAUCCUUCAUAAUAAAACAAUUUAAAUUUA